CAAAGAUAACUUGAAAGCGCGUCUUGAUUUGAAAGAUAUGGGCAUAAGACAAGAGCUUCAUCCGACAGAGCUUGCCAAUGAUAAAUUUUAUACACCUCCUGCAUGUUAUACAAUGUCUACUCAAGAGAAAGAUCUUUUUCUAACAGUUCUGAAAAAUUUGAAGGUUCCUGAUGGGUACUCAUCGAAUAUUUCACGAUGCGUAAAUCUCAAAGAGCGAAAACUUUCAAAUCUUAAAAGUCACGAUUGUCAUAUUUUGAUGCAAGAUAUCUUUCCAUUGGCUUUAAGAUCGUCAACACCGAAACAAGUUUUUGCAAUUGUUUCCCAAUUGUCAUCAUUCUUUAAGGCAUUAUGUUCCAAAGUUCUUGAUCCUAAGGAGCUUGAUCAAUUGGAGUCUAAUAUUGCACUUACACUAUGCAAUAUGGGAAAGAUCUUUCCUUCUGGGUUUUUUACUAUUAUGGUUCAUCUACUCAUUCACUUAGCGGCGGAAGUUAAACUUGGUGGCCCGGUUCACUACCGAUGGAUGUAUCCUAUUGAGAGGUUUCUUAUGCGCUUAAAAGAUUAUGUACGCAAUCGAGCCUAUCCCGAGGGCUCGAUUGCUGAAGGAUAUAUUGCUGAGGAGUGUUUGACAUUUUGUUCGAGAUAUCUUAAAGGUGUUGAAACGGUUUUCAAUCGACCUCAAAGGAAUUGUGAUAUCAUAGAGAAUGCAGAUGUUUACAAAUUCUCAUCUGGCGGAAAAGUUUUGGGAAAAGUUGAAAGUGUUGUUCUUGACCAGAAAUCGUUGGCAGAGGCUUCUGAUAUAGAAGAAUUCAUGAUUGAGAAGCAAAAUAGAGAUCACCUUCACAGAACAGAUCACCUUGGCAACAAGGGGGGCACUCGGAUUGGAGUGCUUGUCUCCUCUUCUCUGCGGCUGGCGACGGUAGUGGCACGCGGCGACGACAGCAGCAUGUGGCGACGUGAUGAAGACAUGAGGAAGGCCAUGAGAAAUGUAGCAAGGAAAGCAAAGCGAGCCGAAGCUAGGAAAGCAAAACAAGUGGUGAUUGGUUGUGUAUAUGGUUUGGAAGGAGGCUUGCAUGGACCAAUUGCAAUUGGGUAUGAGCCUAAAUUGAAAGGAGGUGUGCAAGGCUUGAUGGACCAGCAAGGUGGCAUGGCACAUGAGGUGGAGCAUGGCGUGGAGCAUGGCAUAUGGCUUCUUAAAUCUUAG